CAGUACGCCUCCAGUAGAUGGUACGAGAUAGCUCGCUACUCCAACGACUGGAUCGGCAGGGGUGACUGCGUCUACAUGGACCACACCAGAGACGGCAACAGAUACACUUUCACCAUCUCGGAUGUUGUCAACCAUAAGCUGGCGAGCGUAGGAGGAGUCGUCGAGACCAAGUUUGAAGGAGACAACAAUAUCGGCCAUAUUAUCUACUCAGGAAAUUUCUAUAAAUCAUCUGAAAAUGAAACAAUAUUCGACGCGGAUGUGUUGAGUAUAGACUACGCCAGCUACUGCAUAGUACACCACUGUAAGCACGACAGUAAGAAGAAGUUCCAUCAUGAAUUCAUUUGGAUUUUAUCAAGGACACCAGACCUAUCGCCAGACACAAGGAAUACAAUCGACGCUUUCCUCAAUUCCACCAUCAUAGAUCAAAGACAGCUGAUUUGGGAUCACUUUUCUAAGCAAUACUGUGAUUUUAGUAAAUAUUAGGGUA